AUGUGUGCGAAUUACGCUUGCCUGAUUCUUCAUUUCACUCGCCAUCCCGCCGCCGCUGCCGCCGCCGCCGAUACAAUGCUUCGGCGCCGUCUGCCGGGUGACGGGCGGCGUUCCGCCCAGAAUAAGCUCCUGCUCGCCAUCGCCAUCGUUCUCCUCCCAUGGCUCCAGCUCGCCGAGGCUCAGCAGCAACAACCUCACCAUCAGCAGCAACAACCCGCCGUCCACCCCGGCUCGCCGCACGCGAACUACGAAUUACACAACGACCGGGUAUCCGUCGACGAUUCUGCCCGCUGGGCCGCCUCGUCCAUCGAUGCCGUAACCAGUCAGCCAAGCAAGGCCGCCGACGCCUCCUCCAGGCCCCGGCCCACACCCCGAAGCUCCAGCCGACAAAACCAAAAACGAAACAUCAUCUUACCUGACGAUGAGAGCGCCCUCGCAACUUUAGCUCCGGCCCAGCCCGUCCGAGCACCAAGACCCCCCAGCGAUCUUCGACCCCGUAGCAUCCCAGCCUCGGGGCUGACAACGCCGCAAAAUGCGCGGAACCUGGAGGAUUGGGAAGUCGAAGACUUUGUUCUUAUGGCGACCGUCGAUGGAGAUUUAUAUGCCAGCGACCGCAACACCGGUAAAGAGCGCUGGCACCUUGAAGUUGACCUUCCCAUGGUCGAGACUAAGCACUAUCGUCUCAACAACUCCAUCCUCGACGACAACUACAGUCCUGUCGAUCACUACCUUUGGGUCGUAGAGCCCAACUCCCAUGGUGGCAUCUUCAUCUGGCGACCCGACCCCGAAGCUGGUCUCAUCAAGACGGGCUUCACCAUGAAGAGCCUUGUCGAGCAGUUAGCCCCAUACGAAGACGCCGAGGGUGAGAUUGUCUACACGGGCGACAAAAAGACCACCAUGGUCACACUUGACGCCGCCACAGGUCGCGUCCUCAAGUGGUUUGGAUCUAGUGGCUCUCAUGUCAAUACCAACGACUUUUGUCGCCAAGCUAACACCUUUGACGACCGCGACAAUGAGGAAUGUCUCACCACCGGAACCAUCACCUUGGGCAGAACCGAGUACACCGUCGGUAUUCAAGGCUCCGACGGCCGUCCCAUCGCCACCUUGAAGUACUCCGAAUGGGGCCCCAACACCUUCGACAGCGAUCUUUACAUGCAGUACCACAACUCACUCGAUAAUCGAUACAUUACGAGCCAGCACAAUGGGAAAGUCUACGCUUUCGACCAAUCCCAGAAGGACAACAACACUCCUCUCUUCUCCAACAAGUUUUCUGCUCCCGUCGCCAGCGUGUUUGACGUUUGCCGACCGUGGGAUGCUGUUACCGGCAGCAACCCGCAGCUUGUCGUUCUUCCUCAGCCGCCAAUGCCAGCUCGUGACAAGAAUGAGAAACAAAUGCGUCUUAAUAGCAUAUUUCUGAACCAGACCGAAUCGGGCAGCUGGUAUGCCAUGUCUGGCCAAGCAUACCCUCUAAUCAUCAGCGCGCCUGUCGCUCAGGUUGCAAGUCCCGACUGGUGGCAAUUCAUGCCUUCGUCAGAUACUAUGAGCCAAUCUCGCAUCAGCAAGGCACUUGUUGGUACCCAUUUCUUCCACUCGAUUCGGGGAGACAACAAUCAAAUCCGGAGUUUGCCUGAAAAGUCGACCGAAGACGUCGUCGGACCACCCGAGGCGAACUCUGCACCUCGAAACGACGCGACAAUCAUCACAGAAGAACCCACUAUCCUCACAAAGGUCAAGUCUCUCCCUCAGAGCGCUGCGAACAGCGUUUACGACUUUUUCAGCAACCCGGUUCUCAUCAUCAUCUUCUUUAUUGUCUUGUUAAUCUACCAGAACAAUCUUCGUCGCGCCUACCAUAGACUCCGAUCCAACGGCCUUCACAAGGGCUUGGUCCAAGAGGUUCAGACGCUUUUGUUUUCGGAAACUCUCCCAGACGAUAAGCAAGACAUUGCUGCUGGGGAAAAGAAUGAAAAGAAGAGUGAAAUCGACAAAGAGCUCCACGCCGUCGACGUUGAGGUAAAGGGGGAUGCAGAAGCCAAGCCCACUCAAAACGUUGCGCCAGUCGAUGAGGAGGUCAAGGGAAGCGACUCAGAUGGAAAAAAGACGCCCAGACCAGAAGAGGGCCAAGAGAACAAGGCGAUUGAUGGCGAUGGUCCCGAGACCCCGGCCAAGGGGAAGAAGGCUCAUCGUGGCCGACGCGGAGGAGUCAAACACCGUCCUAAAAGGCAGCGAGAUACUUCGCAGUCUCGUGACGAUGAACGUGAUGCCUCGACUAUUGAAGAGGCUGUCAAAAAUGCUAAGCGUCUUGGAGAUAAGCCCAGCCUCCAACCGGAUGUCAUGACGGUCCAAAAUGACAUGAGCGCUGUUACCAACCCAAUCAUGCGUAUGGGCAAUAUCGAAGUCAACACAGAGAUUCAACUCGGCACGGGAAGCAACGGCACGCUAGUAUUUGCCGGACGCUUUGACGGUCGUGAUGUGGCUGUGAAGCGCAUGUUGAUCCAAUUUUACGACAUUGCGUCACAGGAGACGAGACUGCUCCGUGAAAGCGAUGACCACCCCAAUGUCAUUCGAUACUAUUCGCAGCAGAUGCAAGACGGCUUCCUGUAUAUUGCCCUAGAGCGGUGCGGGGCAUCUUUGGCCGAUGUCGUGGAGAGACCCCAUGCUUACCGAGAGCUCGCCACUGCAGGACAGAUGGAUCGUCCUGGCGUACUUUAUCAAAUCACAAAUGGUAUCAGUCAUCUGCACAAACUGCGCAUUGUCCAUCGCGACUUGAAGCCCCAAAAUAUUCUCAUCAACAUGGACGACGAUGGCAGGGUCAGACUCUUGGUUUCCGACUUUGGUCUGUGCAAGAAACUUGAAGGGGGCCAGUCGUCUUUUGGAGCGACCACUGGUCGCGCUGCCGGAACUUCGGGCUGGCGUGCGCCAGAACUUCUUCUAGAUGACGAUGCGCGCGACAUUUCUAUGGUCGAUGCCAGCACGCAUAGCGGCUCUGGCUCGGUACUUUUGAAUGAUGGCCUUAUGCCCGGCAGUCGUCGAGCGACGCGCGCUAUCGACAUUUUCUCGCUCGGACUUGUGUUUUUCUACGUUUUGACCAACGGUUGUCAUCCAUUCGACUGUGGUGAUCGGUACAUGCGAGAGGUGAACAUUCGAAAGGGCGAAUACAGCUUGAAGUUACUCGAAUCGCUAGGUGAUUUUGCUUCCGAGGCUAAAGAUUUGGUUGGCUCCAUGUUGGAUGCGAACCCAAAGAGGCGCCCACCCGCGCGUGAAGUUAUGGCGCAUCCUUUUUUCUGGACAGCGAAAAAGAGACUGUCCUUCUUGUGUGAUGUGUCGGAUCAUUUUGAAAAGGAGCCGCGAGACCCGCCAUCGCCUGCUCUUGAGGAGCUGGAGCGGCACGCACCCGAGGUGACGCGUGGCGACUUCCUCAAAGCGUUGCCACGCGAUUUUGUCGACUCGCUAGGCAAGCAGCGCAGGUAUACGGGAUCUCGCCUGCUGGACCUACUGCGAGCUCUGCGCAACAAGCGCAAUCACUACGAGGACAUGUCGCAGAGCCUGCAGCACACCGUCGGAUCGCUGCCGGAUGGCUACUUGAGUUUUUGGACGACAAAGUUCCCUUCGUUGCUACUUGCGUGCUGGAAUGUGGUGUACAAUGUAGGGUGGGAGGAGACGGACCGAUUCAAGGAUUACUAUGAGCCAGCGACUCGUAUGUAG